UAGUGUUGGAAGAGCUUAAAUACAUAACUGAUAUGGCAAAGGAAAUUUUCAACGUGAUGGAUGAAGAUGAAACCAACAACAAUGAUGGGAGGAUACAAGACUCCACCAUAGGAGAUACAUUGAUUGAGUCUUAUUCAGACAAAAGAAUGACCUGCCCUUCACCAAAUACUACAAUUUCAGUUCCUCCCCAGAUGACUUCUUUUGCCAUGAAACUUGGCGAAAUUUCAAACAUAUCUUAUUCUCCACAACUUCUUUUGCCUCUCAGACUUCAGUCACUUGGGAAUUUGAAGACAAAUGAGAUGAAGUAUUUCGCUUUCAACGUAUCUCAUCCUCAGCAAGGGACAAAUGAUCACGAGUCAAACAGAACAAUCCAAAACGGUUCUGAAGAUCAGUCACCAGAAGGGAAAGAAGACACUAAAGCUGCAGAAAAUUUGCCGAAGUUUCCAGGUUUUGAUUCAAAUGUAAAGGUAAAUAUAACAAGGCCUGCAGCAGCAGCAGUACCACCCCCACCUCUGCCACCAAUGGUACUAUUAGAUAGUCCUCCUUCAACUGCUUCACAAUCAUCUCCUUCUCCUUCAUGCAUUCCAGCUCAUAAAGGAUCAGCACUGCCAAGCAUGCCUAUGAAAAAGAUUGGCACACCACCUCCUCCUCCUCCUAUGGGAGUUUCAAAGCUCUUGCGUCCGAAGAAAGUAAAUAACAAACUAAAGAGAUCAUCCCACAUGGGAGCCUUGUAUAGGAUUCUUAAAGGGAAAGUGGAAGGCUCUAGCUUAAGUGGUAAACACUCGCACGGAAAAAAAUCUCAUGUUAGUGGAUCUGCUGGUGGAAGACAGGGAAUGGCUGACGCAUUAGCAGAAAUGACAAAACGAUCUGCAUACUUCCAACAGAUUGAGGAAGAUGUUGUGAAGCAUUUAAAAUCAAUCAUGGAGAUUAAAGCUGCCAUGAAUUCAUUCCAAACAAAAGACAUGGCUGAGCUUAUCAGAUUUCAUAAGUAUGUGGAGCAACAUUUGGAGAAACUUACAGAUGAGACGCAGGUGCUGGCAAGGUUUGAAGAUUUUCCAACCAAGAAGCUGGAAUCAUUAAGGACUGCAGCAGCAUUGUACACAAAAUUGGAAGGAAUAAUUACUACCUUGGAAAACUGGAAAAUAGCACCUCCUUUAGGCCUGCUUCUUGACAAGGUUGAGUCCUAUUUCAACAAGAUAAAGGGCGAUGUUGAUUCAUUGGAAAGAAGCAAAGAUGAAGAUUCAAAACGAUUCCGAAGCCACAAAAUCGAUUUUGACUUCAACAUUUUGCUUAAAGUUAAGGAAUCUAUGGUAGAUGUUUCUUCUAGCUGCAUGGAGCUGGCACUUGAGGAAAAGAGAAGGGCUAAAGCAGCAAUGGAAAAUGCAGAAAGUGUGUCAAAAACUGAAGGCCAAGCAAACCAUGUAAAAAUGCUAUGGAGGGCUUUUCAGCUUGCAUUUCGUGUCUAUAGUUUUGCAGGUGGACAAGACGAUCGAGCUGAAAUGUUGACAAAAGAAUUAGCACAUGAAAUAGAGACUGGUCCUCAACACUAAUCAUGAUGCCAGUAUGAUUAUUAAGCUCAAUUCAGCUUAUGCUCCAUUUAGAAAACAAUAGAGCAAUCUCCAUAUGUACCCGUACAAACUCAGGACCCUCUGUUUUCAGGUAAUUUAUGACAGCAAAGCAUAUUGCAGACAGCGAGUACACAAAACUCUUUUGAAAGCAGAGUGCUUUUGUGACAGUCUAAAUGUGGUAUUAUCUUCCAAUUAAAAACCUUGCCUUCAUAAUCAGGAUUUGUAAAAUGACUCUUUUUUUUUUUUUCUUU